GGCUCUGGCUGUCCUUUCCUUCCACUUGCAUCCACUGCUUUCCUAUGCAGACCCAAGGGCUGCAGAGCAGCUCAAGGGUGGGCUUCCCCCGCUUGCCUCCCCUUUACUCGGCCCCAGUGCCUCUCCCAGCCCAGCUGCCCGCCUGCCUGUUUCCCUAGCAAUGGGCCGUGACGCUGCGGCCUCCUCCCCAGGCCGGCCUCCUCCCCGCCUUCCUCCUCCGCCGUCCUCCCCAUGGCCCGCUCCUGCUCGGCCCGGCUGCAUGGCGAGGCGGCCGCGUUCACCGCUGCCCUCCGCUCCCUGGUCAACAACCCCCAGUUCAGUGAUGUGACGUUCGUGGUGGGCCGGGAGAAGCAGCAGGUGUUUGCACAUCGCUGUGUGCUGGCAUGCCGCUGCCAGGCGUUCCGGGGGAUGCUGACAAGCAACGAGGAUCCUCUCAGCAGCGUUCCAGCCCAGGGACCCUUCAUCCUGGGCAAUGUGCAGCCAGAAGUCUUCCUAGCCGUCAUUGAGUUCCUCUACACUAACAGCGUCACCCUCAACAGCCAUACUGUGCUAGAGGUGCUGACCUCAUCGGUGGAGUACGGCCUGCAGGACCUUUGCAAGCUCUGUGUGGAGUUCAUUAAGAACACGCUGAGUGUGGAGCAGGUCUGCGAGGCCCUGCAGGCUGCAGUGACCUACGGGCAGGCAGAUCUCCAGAAGCACUGCCUGGCGUUCAUUGAGAGCUACACCAUGGCAGUGGUGCAGACACGGGGCUUCCACGAGCUCUCCGACACGGUGCUGGCACGGGUGCUGCGCAGCGACCACCUGGCUGCAGAUGAGCUGGACCUGGUGCAAGCUGUGCGGGAGUGGGCGCAUGUCAGUUCGGCAGUCCUGGGGCGCCCGGUACCUGAGGUGGCCGCUCUGCCUGUGCAGGAGCUGCGCCUGCCCUUGCUGGCACCCAGCGAGCUGGCAACGCUGGAAAGCCAAAAUCAACGUGACCUGCUCAUCCCAGUCGAUAGCAUCGCAGCAGCCUGGCGGUCCCAUGCACUGCGGUGUGGAAGCGGGGUGCCCCCCCACCUCUGUCGACCCCGGCACGGCACGCGGCCCCGCAACCACCACCGCCACCUGGACCCACACAGCAAAUUAGGGGCAGGAUAGGAGGAUCAUGCCGGUGCGGGGCUACGGGACAUCCGAAGGAUGGGAUGGGGGCACAGGAUGAGCCCCCAUUCAACCUUA